AUGCCCAAAUCCAGCUCCAGUCGUUCAAAGCGCGACUCCGAGGGCAGGGCCGAUCGUCGACGUGACACCGACGACGGCUCCUCAAAGCGCUCCCGCGCAGAUUCCGACGCCGGUACGUCGUCUCGCCGCAAAUCGAAUCCACGCGACGAUGACAUUCACGACGGCGAAUUCUUACCUUCUUCAACGAGUUACUCGUCUACUUCUCGCAGCCCGCAUCCUGGUGUAGCAGCGCCCUCCUUAGCUUCAAGCUACGUCUCGGCGCAGACAACAAACAAUAACAACGGGACGGUCCGUCCAGCCGAACUGAUACGCAACGAAAGCAUGGCGGACACUGCCGAAAUGCGCAGAGAAAGAGAAUUGAGAAGAGAAAGAAAAGCCGAGAAGAGAAGCAAUAGAAAUGGUGUUGUUGACGGCACCGAUGACCUUCCCAGGAAUGUGGAGAACGACCGUGAUCAAGAACGCCGCAACUACAGCAAGGAAACGUCCCGAGGCUACAAUAAUGACGAGGCCACCCUCCCGGACGACCGAGCUCGAGGACAAGAGCCUGCGCGGUACACCGGGACAGAUCGACCGCCACGAGGACAGGCCUCCUCAUACUACGGUGACGAUGGCCAGUCUGUUGCAUACCAGCCAGGCGUGCGCCCAGAUGCUCCGAGCGUCGUUUACUCCGCCGAACAGGCACAUCUGAUGGAGCCGACGACCAAGCCGAAUCCACCCCCAGAGCCGAGCAGUAUGGGACAGACUGGCGCUGCAGCAACCUAUUUUGGAACCGGCGCAUACGAGACUACCUCCACGCCAUCAAGGUCAGACAACAAGACCAAGUCAAGAUCAGACAAGCGCAAUGGUCGGGAUUCUGAGUCGCGUGGAGACGCGCGUGCCCGCACAGGUCACGCAGCAGAAUACUUCUCUGGCGCUCCAAUAUCUGCUGGCCAGCCGUACCGCACUGAAUCUCCUGAAUCCUUUGUUGGGACAUCACGGCCGCAGGGCCAGCAAUAUGGUACUGGACAGACUGAUUACCAGUCGCAAGGGUUUGCCAAUGCCGCUGGCUUCGCUGGCAGUGCGGCUGCUGUCUACGCGGCCGGUAAGGCACACGAUCGUCCUCAGAACCAUGAUUCUCAGCCCGAUCCCGGUUUUCGGCUUGGCCAGAACCAAUCCGCAUUCCCCCAGAUGCAGGAUCAGUAUCGACAGAAACGAAAGGGCCCUCUCAGUAAGCUGGCGAAUUUCUUUAAGGACCCUGAGGGUGUUGCGCGAUUUGAGCAGUACAGCGAAGCUGUUGGAGUCUGCAAGUACUGCUUUGAUCCGAACAGCUCGCCGAUGGAUGCGCCCAGAAAGCACCAUUAUCACGGACGUCGAAAUUCGUCGAAGCGACGCUAUGACGCUGCUGGCCGUGUUGAGAAGGGCUAUCGCUACUCAUCUUCAUCUGACGACGAGCGAAAACGCAAGUCGGGUAUGGGCCAGGUCAUUGCUGGUGGUCUUGCGGGCGUGGGCGCUGCUAAAAUAGGGCAGGCUCUAUACGACCGCAAGCAUGACUUCGAUGACACGUAUUCAGUCAAGACAGGCCAGCCUUAUUCAUCCCACCCAGCCAACCGCAGUCGUGUCAGCUUUCAAGAAGAUGUUGCCACUAGUUCGCGCGGCUUGAGUCUCUCAAAAGAGGAGGAUCGAUCCAAAGGUCGCAGCUCAAGGAGAAAGGAUGAGAAGCGUCGGUCUCGACGACGGAACUCCUCCUCUAGCUCAUCCUCAAACGGCAUUUCAAAGACAGCGGCGCUCGGCUUAGGUACUGCUGGCAUUGCAGCUGGACUUGCAGCCUCUUCUCGACCUCGAAGCCGUUCUCCCUCGAAGAGGAAAGGCUACUACUCAAAGCGGAUCUCUCCAAAGCACUCGUAUGUUGAUCUCAACGACACAAGUGCUGGCACCUUCGGCUUCAACCAGUUCAGGAGUCCAUCACAGAAUGACAAGAAAGGAAAGCGAGCUAAAGGAUUCUUCAACUUCUCCAAUUCGUCAGGCUCGUCCUCCGAUGCUGAUCUUGCAUUCGGACAGGGCACAGUCCGGCGCAAAGACAGCAGAAGGUUUAAGCGCAAGAAUAGCUCUGAGUUCAACAUAGGCACGGCAGCCGCUCUGACAGCAGCGGGCAUGGCUUUGGCAUCCGAAUCCGACAGUCGAGGCAAAGGUAAAUCUUCUCGGUACGCUGAUGUUUAUAGGGAGAAGGCACAGGCCGAUGGCAGGAACAAGAUCAAACUCAAAGAUCAUGAAACAACGACUGAUGCUGAUAAUGAUGACGGCUGGUACGACACUGAUGGCGAACACGGCGUUUCCAGUGGCGAAGAAGGUGGCCUGGCUUAUGGCCGACGUGCUUCGCCGGCACAGAGUAAAGACUCUGUCAUUGAAGAAGGUGGCUGGUGGCCAUGGAGCACACCUACCAAGUCUUCAAGAGGAAGUCGUCCACGGCGAGCCGAGCAGGACACACCAUCCCGGAUCAAUCCAAUGACGGCAGCAGCUAUCGGUGCUGGCGUUGCCGACAUUGCAGCCAACACGAUGGCCCACCGUGACCAAUCUCGGAACCAUAGGGACGCAUCUCAACCCAUGCAAGAGAUCGAACCGAUACCCGCCAGCGAUUUCGUACCGCCAAGUAGUUCUCAGCCGUCACGCAGCGCCAGUGGCCAGUACAUCUCAACUAGAGACCAAGUUCCUCUACAGCAACCGCAACCUGUCGUACCUCUACCUCUGGUAGCUGGCGCGUUGGCCGACGGAGCCCGCGAUGAGAGACGAACGGCUGUCCAGGACUACGAGAGUCGACGACGACGAAGGCGGGACUCGAGUCCGGCCAAAAUGCCUUCCCAAAGUAGCCGAGUGGGCUUUGAUGUUCCAGACAAAGCAUCGCGGAAGCCACGUGAGGACUCUCGAGAACGCACACGGCAAGAGAAGAAAGAGCGGCGACGCACUGUCGACUUCUCGGAGCUUGCUAAUGACGACGAGAAGAGAGCCGCUCGUGAAGCCGAGAUUGAAGCCGAACUGCAGAGACUUUAUGACGAAGACCGUCGCCGAGCAGCAGAAAAGAAGCGCGAAAAAGCAAUCACGACUGCCGCCGCGGUAGCCGUUGGAGCCUCAGUCGCCGCGGCUUCGGCCAUUAGCAAGAAGCCUCGUGAAAGCUCAAGCGAGCGCGAACGCCCGACUGCUCGUAAAUCAAGCAUGAAAAAGACCACCCGAGAUGCCGGUGAACCACAACCUGCCGAAAGUCAACAAGAGCGCAUCGCUCGCAUGGCUGCACAGCGGGUGAGAUCCACCUCUCCAGCCCACUCUGUUGAGCACGAAAGCUACAGCGACUACUUUGUACCCAAAGAGCUUGCCGAGCAGAUUCAGGAACACAAUCUGGAGUCAGCAGCACGGAACGAACACCACGAUCAUGACGUUGUGGAAAUUGCACCGGGUGGCGAGCAUCUUGGACCUUUUGAGAAGUUCAACUACGCCAUCUUUGGUACCGAACCGCACCACGAUCCGCUCGAUCAUCCAUGGGCUAUUCCCACGCUAGCACUUGUUGAGCCAACACCUCCAGUGAGUCGCAAUACCAGCAGGGCCGCAAGUCCUGCCGUCAGGUCUCCUGCUACGUCGCCUGUUAAGGACAAAGACGUCCCUGCCGCAGUAGAUGCGGACGUGAACGCAGAUAUCGGAGAACCGCUUGAGCGCAGAGGCUCCAAGGUGAAGUGGGGCGACCACGAUACCUACGUCUAUGAGGUCAUCACACCAGAGUAUGAGAGGUCGAGCUACAUGCCUGAGUCUCCUGAGGAAGCCCGCCCUUCUGAUGCUGUACGCAAUGCCGCCGCGGCCGCGGCGUCGGCGGCGGCAGCAGCCGCAAUGUCGAAGUCUGUGAGCAAGGAGAGGAAGCCAAGUAAGCUCAGUCGUGUGCAGAACCUCGCAGACGGCGAUGGGGAGACUGGCGAAAAGACUUCUCGUAACAUCCCAGCCGUCGAAGAGAUGAGUCCUCAACAGCGCGAACAUCUCUCGAAGGGCGGAGACUUUGGUGAUAUGCCAGGAACAUUUGAUAGGUCAUCAACUGCUGAUGAUGAGGAGAAAGAACGUCAACAAGCGGCGGCUCGCGAAGCCACACUUGCCAGGAUUCGUGGCAUCGCCAAGAAUGCCAUGGACUCGCGACGGAAGCCAAUUGAUGGCCAGCCUGCCGACGUCGCCGAGCUCACAGGAAGGGGAAGCAGGAGCGAGCGUCGUCGCAGUGAGCGUGCUGGGACAAUUCAGGACACAGUCCAAGGGGAUCCACCCCCAGCAACGUCCGACAGCCAUGUGCCGUCCGCAGGUGUAUUUGAUUAUCUCGUGGACGAGGACGGUCAACCUCUGCGUCCAGCCUCUGCUCUUCAGUACGAGGGCUCUGGAGUUUCAAAUCGGACGCCCAUCGAGCACGAGCGGGUCAGGCCUCGCGCGCAUGCCGAGUCGGAACGUGACAAGACUCGCGAAGAGGAUGGUGCAUUCUCAAAGCCAAAACGAGCAAGUACGUUUGGUGAAUACGCUUCGGAUGAGAAGCAGAACUCGAAAGGGAGGUCUGCUUAUUCGUCUGAUCCAGAAGAUCGAGAACGUUCUCGAGAGCGAUCCCGGGACGGCGACAAGCGUGCUUCGAAGAGCGACGUUGGCUUCGGUACUACUGCUGCCGUGGCCGCCGGGACUGCAGCAGCCAGCCUGGCUGCCAUUGCCGCCCAAGCCAGUAAUGCGUCAGACAAGAAGACUAAGCGUCGAUCAAAGCGUGAAGACGACAUCAUUGGUGAUGAUGAUGCUGAUUCCGUAAUCAGCAGUCCGGCAAGCAGAGACGAUGACAAGAAGUCUCGCAGACGUUCCAAGCGCGACUCAGAAAUCUUCGACGACGAUGAUCGAUCUGUGACAAGUUCAACGGCGGACUCCAGCUCUCGCAAGAAAAGUAAGGACAAGAAAGAAGAGAAACGCUCCAGCGGCAUCUUCGGCAGCAUCUUCGGAGGAUCAAAGAGUGACACGAGUACAACGAGCAAGAAAAGUUCGAAGUCGGCCAAAUCUGACAGCAAAUCCGCAAAGGAUGAUGACGAAGGUAAACAGCGGAAGCGCCGCUCAAAAGGAGAAGAUUCCUUUGAUGUUGAGCCAGCUCCUUACAGCCGCAGCGUGCACGAAGAGGACGAGAAAGAUGAUUCUUCAUACCGACCAUCAAGAGAUCAGAGUGUAGACGAUGGCUUUGUCUCGGCCGACGAGCACAGAGCUGUAGCAUCAUCACAAGAUCACGAGGAGCCGUCUUUUUUAGCGGAGCGCCCCGAAAUGCCACCUCAACGACCAACGGAUACUCCAAUGGCCACAGAUAAGGAUGGUGUCUCGGGGCCCACAGUCACUACCGAACGCGACCUACAGCUCGAGACACCUCCAGGUGAUGCAGAAACUGCCACGCAGACACCGGUGUCCAAUCGAGCCCGCCCUGUGGCCGCGCUGAGAACCAGUGAGCUUGGCAAUGUGCCAGGUGUGGCUUCUCCCACAGCUGUGCCAAUCUCCUUCAGACGUCCGCCGCCUACAAGUCCAGCCACACCACGCGCCUUCUUCAGCUCCCCAAUCCCGAGUCCUCAAUCUCCUCUCAAUACGCCACGUACACGACAAGGACGACCUAAGAGCACCGAAUUCCGGUCUACCGAGUUCCGGCCGCUGUUCCUUGUAGAGAAAUCGAGAUCAGAGAAGACGCCCAUCCCAGAGGUUGAGGAAGACCUACCUUCACUUCCAUCGAGUCGCACAACCUCUGCACGUGCAUCUUUCGAGGAUCUGCGAGGCGCAGCCGAACAACAAGACCAUGUCGGUCUCGAGUCCCGAAGGCCUAAGAACGAAGAUCGACCCCGCCGUCACAGUGCUUCAUGGUGGGACGAUGAGACCACCAAGCGCAGGCAAUCUCCUGAUUAUCUCGACUCUCGAGCUGCAACGCCCGUGCCAAUCAAUGUUCAGCGCAAGCGUGAAGAACAGCAGCAGCGUGAGCAACGAGAACGAAGAGGACGGGACCGCCUCGCGGAUAGACCAGAGCUCAAGUAUGAGUUUCAUUCACCCAGUGAGCUCCUGCAGGAUCCAGCCACACUCGCUGAGACGACUGGAGCCGAAGUGCCCGAAGAAGUGCCGAGAGUCGGUAGUCCACUGCCCAGCGUUGCAAGCACGGAAGACUUCAUGAGUGCAACUGAAGGCCCUCAUAGCGAGCGCAGCCGCUCCCGGUCUAGAUCUGGGUCGAGGGGUCGUCGUGACACAAUCACAGCAGCUGGCCUGGGUGUCGGUCUCGGCGCUUUGGGUGCUUAUGGUGCCAGUGAGUGGCUGGCCCAGCGUGAGCCCGGCCGAAAUGACGAGCACGUAAUCACAGAGGACAAUGACAUGUAUGGCGAAGACACGCAUGAGGCGCGACCCGGAGAGAUACAGCCACGUACAAUUGCACCGGAGCAUGAGCAGAUGGCCCAGAAGAGGAUGCCAGAAGGUCCUGGCUUUGAUGGUGUCCCCAGCGAGUCUGUAACGGCAGAUGCGCAAGAAGACCGGAUUGCGCCAGUCCCUGGCAAGAAGUCGAAGAAAAGCAAGGAGAAGACGACAGAUAACGCCAAUUCUGCUGGAGCUGAAAUGAAGCAGGACAUUGCCGCUGAAAUUCCGAUCACAGUCACAGAAGCAACGCCAGCCGAAGACUUCGCAGAGGCUGAUGAAUGGAACUUUCCUACGACAAGCAAGAAGGGUAAGAAGUCCAAGAAAUCCAAGAAGGCAACGCCUGCUCCACUCGACAUAGCCACGGCAGAGGCCAAAGACGAAGAAGGCCACCGCGCCAUUGACGACGAUGAUGUGCCAUUGACAGCUGUACCUUCGUUGACGCCGGACAGCCAACUCGCGCCACACGAGCUUGACAUUGAUCGAUCUGUUGGACCCACAUCACCGAUAGAUCAACAGACUCCUGCGCCAUCGGAUGAACCUACAACACUAGACGAAUUUCGUGACCGGGAUGCCUUCCCCUUCGAUACAUUGCCUGCGAAUGAGACCAUUUCUGCCAAUCCCGAGAACGCUGCCGAUCGCACAGAAGAGUCCCAUUUGGACCUCACUCCUUCUCUGGAAGAGACCAACAAGCCACACGACACGCAUGGCGCUUUCGAGGAAGCAUUCGAGCGCGCUGUCCGCGCUCGCGGUCUCAGCAAUGCUUCCAGUCGUGAAGAAGCGCACAAUGCGUUUCUGCCGAAACACGACAACGCAACCCAAUCCUCGUUGACAGAGACAUCGCCUGCUCUCGACGAACAGAGUGAGCGCGUCAGCGGCAGCCCUGGUGCCGGAAGCGCCGACCACAUUGAACAAGCGCAGCCCGCCUGGGAUGAUGGUUUCUCCACUACGAAAAAGUCCAAGAAAGAGAAGCGUAAAAGCAAACUGCGCGAGAGCGUUCACUUCGAUGAUUUCGUUGAAGCGUCUCCAGCUCACGAUUCUGGUGUAUUGAUCCCAGUCGACGCCACUGCUGAGUCGAUAGAGCUCGACGAUACCCAGUCCGGCCUCAAGUCAGCUGCAGAGCUUAUAGAGGCGCCUGUCGAGGCAAACGAAGAGGAAUGGGCACCUCUCUCGAAGAAAGACAAGAAGAAAAAGAAGAAGCAGAGCCGAGCUCUGGAUUUCUCCGAAUCAGCUCAGCCUUUCGAAGAACCGAUUGCAAGUCCCUUUACAGCCACACCGGAUGCUGUUGACCAAAAAUCCGCUGAUCUGGUCGACGAUCAUGCGGCGACCACCGAAGAAAUGGCGCGUCGUGUCGACGACAACGAUGCAGAACGCGCUCCUGCUGCUUCCGAUGGAGACGAGUCAAAGCUGGAUCAGGAUGGCGCUGCUCAACUUGAAUCGAAUGGCGCCAGGCUCGACGCCAGCGCUGCAGAUACGAUCCACGACGUGCAGCAGACCACAAAUGAUCCUGCAGACCACAUAGCAGAGAUUGAACCUAUGGAAACAUCUACACAAGCAUCUGUGGGCGACGAGGAGUCGGCAUGGGCGCCUCAGCCGUCCAAGAAGGAGAAGAAAAGGAUGAAAAAGCAGAGGAGGCAAGCAUUCGACUUUGACGAGCCGAGCGACAUCGUCGAGGAAGCUCCAGCACACACCGCGCUCAUCGACUCCGGCGCUGACGUUGUCGCCGAUCCAGACAACGAAUAUGGUGUGCCGUCGAUGUCAAAAGGCAAGAAGAGCAAGAAGGACAAGAAGCGCAACGAUACAUCGUCGACGUGGUCAGAUAGUAUGUACGGAGCGGCCGUGGCAACCGCGGCUGUAGCAGGUGGGACUGCUGCGAUGGCGAAAACAAAAGACGACGAUGAGGUGACACAGCCCGAGAUAACCGAAAACGAUGCUCUCUCAGGUGAUAUCGCAGACGAUGCCAAGCAGCAUGUGGAUCCUUCCAGAGACCAGCGACAAGAUGAAUUCCUGACAGCAGACAUCGAUGCACCGGAAAAGGCAUCUUUGACAUCAACGGUACCUUCAGCAGCCAUUGACAGCGAUGUCUUGAAUGAAGAGUCAGAGACUGUCGACGAGAACGCCAGGCCUUCAAACGAACCUGCCAUUGAACCUGCAGAGGACGAGUGGGCUUUCCCUGUCAAGAAAUCCAAGAAAGACAAACGCCGCGACAAGAAGCGCGUUCCGACCUUUGAUGAAAUUGCUGAGCCUUCUGCUGUUUCCGACACUCUCACGACGAUCGAACAACCUACUGAGGCGCCACUUGGUGAUGACCCAGUCGUGGAGCGCUCUGCUUCGCCCCUCGACGAGACCAUGAAGUCAGAAUCUGCACAUUUGUCGGCAGUCAACGAGGGAUCCACGCUGCAGGCGGAUCCUGAGAGCUCGACGAUGGACAAUGUGUCAAACCCCUCAAUUGAUCACGCCCUAGUGCCAUCGGAGACGCCGAUCGAGGAAGCAGCAGAAGACUUCGCGUGGGCGCCAACCAAGAAGUCAAAGAAGGACAAGAAGAAAGCUAAGCGUCAAUCAAAUGUUGACCUGAGCGAAGAAGUCGCACAGCCCGAAACUGAGAAGUCUUCUCCAGCCGAUGGUGGCACCGCUCCUGUUGUUGAGGACACGCCGAACUCGACUCUCGGAGUCUUGGUAGUAGACAGUAAUGUCACGCCAGCAGAAGCAGUUGAGGUCGAAGCAGCUGGCGACGAUGCAUGGGCCCCAACCAAAAAGUCGAAGAAAGACAAGAAGAAAAUUAAGCGUCAAUCAACGGUCGACUGGGACGCAGAGCCGCUCGAAUCAGCAGAAACUGCUCCCACUAGCGAAGAACCCGGCACUGUCGCUGCAGAUGAUACCAUCGUGCAGCCCAGCAACGCAGGGCCCGAGGCAGACCCAGUUGAAGCACCACCGGACGAGACAUCCCAAAUGGAAGAACCGGUAGUCGAAGCAGCGCCUAUCGCCGAAGACUUUGCUUGGUCACAGACAUCAGCGAAGAGAAGUAAGAAAGACAAGAAAAAGCGCAAGAGUGUUGCCUUCGAAGACUGGACCGAGGAUGCGUCGACUCCGUCGGCGGCUGACCCUCCCGUCGAUAUUCCACAGGAGCCCCUGACCGAAGUCCUACACGAAUCUGGUGCUGCCGAAGCAGCUUCACUGUUGCCGGAGAUACAGGACGAAAUCAAUGCUCGUGCCCUCACCGAGGGUCAAGCGGAGAUGAACAAGCGUGGUGACGAAGUUGUAACGCAAUUGCAGCCGCCUUCAGUUGAAGAGGCUGAAAAUACCGAGGCGAGGAUGAUGGAGACUGCGCAGCACGACCCGGUCCAGCAAGAACGUACAGAGCAGGACGAAAUCAACACAAACGCACUCAUGGAAGGUCAAGCGGAGAUCGAGAAACAAGAUAACAUCGUCGACGUAGCGCCUCACGCACCUUCUCGCGAAGAACUCGAAAAUGUAGAGGCAGACAUGAUCAGGACUGUACAGGAGGAUCCUAAUCAGCCUGACAUCGGACAACUGGACCAGUCUUCGGCACAACUUCCUAAGGUCGUCGGUGCAGCAGAUCGCGACAUCGAAAGUGCUGCGGCUCCAGCUGAAGACGAGGAAUGGGCUCUUCCUGCAACAGGGAAGAAAGAGAAGAAAAAGAAGAAACGUGCCUCGACGUUCGAUUUUACUGAAGAGCCUAUAAAGACAGCACCUUCUGAGCCCACGAUUGAUCCUGCUGCUGCCACUGAACGCAACGAACCUGAGAUGGUUGAGGAUGUUGACUGGGAUAUCGCUCUUUCGAGCAAAGAACGCAAGAAGCAGAGAAAAGCUCUCGAGCUAGCCGGAAAGUGGCCGCCCAUGAAGCGGCGAGAGACAUUGCCUGAUGCAGCCACGGAGAAGUCUGGCGAGGAUCCAAUUGAAGAGCCCGCCCCUGAGCCUGAAGUCACCACUGAAAACGAUGUACCGAAACCCUUGCAAGACUCAGCGUUGGAAUCAGUCGAGAUGGUCGAAGAUACUGACUGGGAUCUUAAUCUGUCCUCGAAGGAAAAGAAGCGGAAGAAGAAGGACCUUCAAUCUGCAGGAAAUUGGCCGCCAAUGAAGCCAAAAGACGUCAGCUCAGCUAGUGCAGACUCGGCAGCUACACCUCCUGCCCAAGUUACUGAGGACAAUGAGAUGCCCAUUCCCGCAGAAGCCACAGGGGAGAUUGUGCCAUUGCCAGAAGCCUCCACUGACCCUCUCAUGGUCGAGACUCUCGAUGAACAAAAUCCUCCUGAUGCAGAUGACUGGGCUCUGCCUUUGAAGAAGAGCAAGAAAGACAAGAAGAAAGCUAAGCGUGGAUCUGCCAUCGAUGACUUCAACGAUUCGGCGCCAGCUGCUUCGACGACAGAGUCCACAAGUCAUGCCACGGACCUUGCGCCCGAACAAGCCGCUGAAGUCCCUACAACUGUCGAGGAUACGCUCGACCAUGAUCGGCCUGGAGAAGAGCUCACCCGUGACGCUGAUCCCGAGCAGCAAGUCGCUGAAGACGAGUGGAAUCUGCCAGGUUCAUCGAAGAAAUCGAAGAAAGACAAGAAGAAGAAACGUGCCACGACCUUUGAUUGGGACGCUUCCGCUGCCACGCCACUGCCUGAGGCAGCAUCUGAUGAACAUGCGCCAACAGCCGCGACCGAAAUUGAAUUGCCACUGGAGGGAUCUGUUGUGCCUGAACUUCCGCGGGAGGAUGGGGAAUUGGCUGCCAAUACGAUCGCCCCCGAGACAUCGAAAGGGGUCCUUGAGAGUACGGCGAACCUCACGACCGGCCCUGACGGGCCUCUCAGCUCUACGGGCAUGGAUCGGGAGGUCCCCGAGUCAGGAGCCGACAAUUUCGCCGAUGCUGCAACCACCGAAACUAUUCUCAACGCCGCCGAUUCAAUUGAUGCUCCCGAGCGGCCUCCAACUCAUCUCGAUGAACGUACGGCGGUAGCAAAUCGGGAAGACAACGUACCAGACGUCUCGGCACACGACGCCGCCGACCGGAGCAUUCCUGCCGCCAUCGUAUCCGAAGCGCUCGGCCGCGAGGGCUCCAAAGAUGCUAUGGCUGAUGAUGACCGGAGUCUCUUGCCGGACAAGAAAUCGGGGCCAGACCAACUUGCCGAAGCAACUCCGUCCGCAAUUGGUGAAGAUGAAGCCAUUGUAUCAUCAAAAGCCACGGAACUCGAGCCAGGCCCGCGACUCCAAGAGCUGGACGUGGAUGAUAUCGGCCAUGCAGAGCGCCCUGCGCUGAACGUUGAUGCCGACACCGAAGAGCCAGAGCAAGAAGACGACACGUGGGGCUUCACCACCAGUAAGAAGUCAAAACGGGACAAGAAGAAGAAGAAGCGGACUCCUACUUUCGACUUUGACGAACCUGUCGAAGCGUCCGUUCCUCACGUCGAAGCUAGCGCAAAGAACGAGGCGCUGACUGAGUCGUCAGUGAACCGCGAUGUCGGUCUUGAUUCGCCCUUGGCGGGACCAAUGCUCGAGGGCGACGAUGGCCAUUCACUCGAGGGACCGCAUUCUCUACCGUCUGCGACCCCGGCAGUCCAGACUGCUGACGAAUCAGCUGCUGAUAAGACGGUGCCUAGCGUGGUCACGGAACCGGAAGUGGAAGAUGAUUGGGGCUUUCCUCUUUCUAAAAAGAAGAGCAAAAAGGACAAGAAGCAGAAAAGCGCCAGCACCAAUUCGCUCGCGGACCCGGAUGCCACGCCAGCUUCACUCGGUGAUGCACAAGUUCAACCUGACGGGCGAGCAAUUGACGACGCUGCGCUGACAGUCGAGCCUCAGUCUGUGAUAGAGACAGAUGACCUCGACCGCGUGUCGGGCCAGGGUGUGGAAGCCGUCGACGACGAUUUCGAAAGCCUCAGCAAAAAGGACAAGAAGAAUAAGAAAAAGAAGCGCGGCUCGACCUUCAUGUUUGAUGACCUUGACGAGCCCACUGCCGGAGCCCGUACUGAUGAGCUUCCGAAGUCGAUGCAGCUCCCUGCGGAGGACACCCAGCACAACGUCGAAGAUGACGCAUCCACAACGCAGUUGCAAGAACCCGACAGUACUCAGAUUGAUGAAGGAGGAGUCUCUGCUCGUCGCCGAGACUCCAUCGCUGCUGAAGCCAAGCCUGUCGACGCUGGCGAUAAUGCCUCAGCACCUGGACCAGUGCCGCAAUUUGUCGAAGACACUGACUGGGAUCUUGGUCUCAGUUCAAAGGAGCGCAAAAAGAAAGAAAAGCAACUACGUAGUAGCGGUCAGUGGCCACCCAUGCGGGCUCUGGCAAUGCCUGACGAAGCCGAGAGCAUUGGCCAGCAAUCAGCGAUUGACUCCGUCCCGAUGGAUGAGUCCCAGCAGCCAGAAGUCGAAAUGGUCGAAGACACAGAAUGGGACCUUGGUCUCAGUUCAAAGGAGCGCAAAAAGAAAGAAAAGCAGCUUCGUAGCAGCGGCCAAUGGCCGCCCAUGCGAGCUCUGGAAAUGCCCAUUGAACCGGCCCAAAAACCAGCGCCUGACUCCGUCAUGGCAGAUCAUACCCAACAGCCAGAAGUCGACAUGGUCGAAGACACGGAAUGGGACUUUGGCCUCAACAAUAAAGAGCGCAAGCGCAAGAGAGAGCAGCUGAAGGCGGACGGCAAUUGGCCGCCAAUGAGAGCUGUCGAGCGAUCAGAGCAGGUUCAGUCCGCUGCUUUGCCAGCACAGCAGAUCAUCUCAGAAGAGGAGCAAUCUUCAAGUCUUCCGAUUGCCUCAGAGCUCGAUAGUUUCGGCAAGCCCGGCAGCAUGGAUUGGACCAUUUCCGAGAAGCAAGACAAGAAGUCGAAAAAGAAAAAGAAGCGUGGUUCUGCCUUUGAUUGGAAUGAUGACACACCUACAUCGGGAGUGGAGUCAGGCAUGAUAACGCCAGCAGUCGCCGAGUCUCACGAGAAGUCAAUGAUUGAUGCUGUUGAUGGAACUUUCGCAGCGGGAGCAGCAGCAAUGGUAGCUGGGCUGCCAACAUAUGACAUAGACAAUGAGCACAUCGCUCGUGAAAUCGAGGCUGAUGAACCACAACCUUCGAUGGCGGACACCGACGAUUGGGCCCUCCCGGCUCGAAAGGCCAGCAAGAAAGACAAGAAAAAGCGCAAACAAGUUCCCGGUGCUUUCGAAGACUCAGGCACGGCAACUCCCUCCACCCCGAUGGAGCUCGAAGAGCAGGCCACAACUGCUGCCGUCGACGCAGAUGCCGACAAAGGUCCACGACCACGCGAGCGAUCCGUUGCGGAGGCAUUUGAUGAUGUCCUGCUCAUGGACAAUCUGCAGCGAGAUCGAAGUGCCCAAAGCCACGAACGAUGGGCACUCGAGGAUGAGUUCAUGAGCGGCGAAACACCUCGUCAUGAUCUGGUCGAUGAUGGCGAGAUGGUCGCCGACUCGUCAGAAACCGCUGACCAUCAAAAAAGGACCAUUGCGCUUGCACCACAAAUCUCUGAGAACUUUGCAGGAGCGACCCAGGAAGUCGAUGGGCAAGCAACAACAGACACACCAUCUGCUCACGACCCAAUGUCCGAGGUUGAGCGGGUCCUAUCAACGACCACGACAGAAUCGAAGAAGGACAGAAAGGAGAAGGGCCAGUCGACUUCGGUGGGCGAACUUUUCGACGAAGCAACACCGACGGCUCCGAUAGAAAUCAUGGCUUCUCCUGUCGAACCUACCUCUACCUCCGCAAGCGCGCCCGAGACGGAGACGACUCGCGGCGAGCCGCUUGAAUACGGCCUUGCUGAAGAUGGCUCUUGGGACGAUGCCUCAAGCCAAUCGAAAGUGAAGAAGUCGAAGCGACGAUCGAGCGAGGAUCUCUUCGAGACGCAACAACGAGGGCCGUCCUCCCACACCCAGACAGAGGUAGCACAUGAAAGUAUUAUGCCAAUCUUUGGAACUUUAGCGGCUACUGCAGGUGCAGCAGCGCUCGCGUCAGACGACAGAGAUCGAUUGCGUGAAGGUAAAGAAGAUGUCUCACGCGCAUCAUUAAGCAAGAAGUCGAAAAAGGAGAAGAAAAAGAAUCGUCAAGCUGAAUUCUAUGAACCCGGAAAUUUGUCCGGCCAUGCAGCAGAAGCGAGUGACGACGAUGAAUCGCGUGCUGCAGACAAUCAUGCAGACUUGCCAGCCGAUGAGCGUCAAGACCGCAUGCCUGGCGACCUAGAGCAAGAAGAGGUCCAAGAGUACGGUCAGGCAGGAUCUUCCGAAAAUGACCAACGAAGAAAUCGAUCAACCGAGUUCUACGAGCAAGCUGACACGAUGGAUGUUGACAACUUCGAUGCCAGAGCACGUUCGCAGGACUUAUAUGCCGAUACGGCUCCAAAUGAGCCGCUGGCAGAUGCCGAUCAGUAUGACGCAUAUGGCUUCAGACCGCCCAAGAAAUCCAAAAAGGGCAAGAGAAAGAAGCGCGACUCGAAUUACGAUGACGAAAUCGGCGAGGAUAUCGCUGCGCCAAAGCCAGUGAGCUACGACAUAUCUCAAGAUAAAGACCUGCCCUACGUUCCAACACCACCCCCAGCGAUUGCAGAAGACUCUGGUCCCGAGCUUGUGAGCUCUCCACAAGGCAUUGAGCACGAGAUCUUCCAAGACUACGAAGCGUCACCAGAACCGGGCAUCGCCCAUACAGACACCAAACAGGAGGUCGAUGAUUGGUACACGUCCACAUCAAAGUCGAGGAAAAGUAAGAACAAGACUGACAGCCUCAGCUUCCGUCGCGCUGACACUGUCGACAAUAUCACGUCCAUGUACGGCGAUCAAGCUAGCCCUCGCUCCAAGCCCAGCCAAUCGGAGGAUUCAGCCUGGGGCGGCGGGCGUCAUAGGUCAAACAAGGACAAGAAGAAGAGUAAGGCGCCGAUCGUGUGGGAGGAAGAGACACCAUCACUGGAUUCUCCAUCAAAGCGAGCCGCUGCCGAGGAAGUGGCCGAUGACUGGUACUCGGCAAGUCCAACAAGCAAGAAGAGUGGGAAAGGCAAGCGUUCAUCUCGGUCUGAUCAUUCUCUUCCGGACGAUUCCAGUCCUGUCGAAGCUUGGUCAAAAACAGUCAAGCGAGCCACAUCUGGCGGAUCAUUGCGCGAAAGCGAUGGUUCAGAAGUCAGUGCCAGCACACGUGAACGGCGGCGCAGACGUCGACAGUCCCCAAUCCAACAGGACUGGGCUGGUGAGGAACCGCCAGACUUGCCGCGAGACCGUGCCUUGACUCCGCCACCGGAGAGGGAUGAUGUGUUCGACACUGCUCUCGGUGUGGCUACAGCAAUCGGUUUCGGUGCAGGAAGUCAAGCCACCGAGCAACGUGACGCCAAGUCACGCCAUCGCGAUAUGCCUCAAGACGAACCUAGCUGUUCCUUCGCAGACGUGAAGCCGGCGAGAAGAGAUCUCAUGGCAGACGUGAAUCGUGAUAGCGGAGUUCAAUUUGAGUCACCUAUUGUUGGCACAGCAGAGGAGUCAGUUCGAGACAGCGGCUACGGCCAUGAUUGGGAGCGUGACCCAAGUCAUCGAGAACAUCUGAGACCUGUCCGACCGCAGUCACCCACGAGCUCGAGUGAAGAUGUUCGGCGACAUGUCUCUGCCAGAGAACAUGCUACACUGGGCAGAGACUAUGACCAGCCAUAUUCGCCGGAUCCCAUUCAGUCAACGUCAAAGGAUCGCUCGUCAGUGGUUUUCAAGUCUUCGCCUACCGCUCCAGGCUCUACACCACGAGUAUCUCAGAUCGACACAUCGAUAAGACGAUUGCACUCACCCGACGGCCUGCACCGUUCUCCGAGUGUUCACGGCCCACAUUCGUCUCGCGAUGGUUCGGUCCACCGCUCACUCGACAGCCGCUUGCCAGGCUCGCCUCUGGCUUCCAACCUAAUCGACCGAGCCUCGAUGUCUGGAGUCGAUCGCACGGUCUUCUCUCCUUCGCCAACAUCGACAAGUUAUCCUCGCUCCCCACCAAAGUCGCCGUUGCAUUCGAUCCCAGAAGACGGCUCUCAAUCUCACACUGACAACCUGACGAAAGCAGCUGUUGUGACGGGCAUUGGUGGUGUCCUUGGAGCAGCCGCGCUGGCCUCGGCACGUGACUCGAGUAGCUCCAAAACUCUUGGCAGAUCGAAGUCGCGGACCUCGAGUCUGCGCAACCUGCGCGGAAGCUUGACUUCACCAAUUUACGAGCCGAACACUGGCUCAUCGACACCGCGCAAUAUUGCGCAUGAUCGCACUGACGACGGCGGCAGAGCUGCCGCCGUGAGCCGUAACAUGGCUGAUUUCGAUGGCUAUGGGCACCGUCCCGCGAGCCCUAUGUCGCCGACGCGGCCUCCUUCGAUCACGAAGCGUCGAAGCAUGCAACAGAUCCAAGAUCUCCAGACACGCCUCGAACAAUUGGCCGACGAGAACCGCAGCCUUGCCGAAGCUAAGAUUACGGCAGAGCGACAUCUUGAAGAGUUCCACUUGGACCAGCACAAGAGUGAAUAUGCGACGCAAGAAGCACUUCGCACUGCAGAGGCGCAGUUGCGCGAACGUGAUGAGAACAUUAUCAAACUGCAGAGUGAGAUUGCUGGAAUGGCGCAAUUGCAUCAAUCAAGUCGUGGCGGCUUCGAAGGAGAAGAGGACAGUCGUGAGCUUGAAGCGCUGAGAGCGCAGCACACCGAGCUCUCGCAGGGCAUGGACAGCAUUAUUCGACACGAGAUCGACGCAGCAAUGAUGCAGAAGAAUGCUGAAGUGGAACGACUGCAGCGUGAACUGGCUGCCGCAAAGGAAGAGAUCCGUGAGCUGCAGAGCCAAAUUCUCGCGAGAGGUGUGGGCAGCAACGCGGAUGAUGGCAUCGUGGACUUUAAAGACGAGGACUACUUCGAUGCCGCUUGCCAACAACUCUGUCAACACGUACAACAGUGGGUGCUCCGCUUCAGUAAGCACAGCGACAAUCGCGUCUGCCGGAGAACAGAUGAAGUCCGCGAUGAGAAGAUCGUGGAUCGUUUCGAUAACGCCAUACUCGACGGCUCAGAUGUCGACAUCUACCUUGCCGACCGCGUGCGGCGGCGCGAUGUGUUCAUGAGCGUUGUCAUGACCAUGAUCUGGGAGUAUGUCUUCACACGCUACCUUUUCGGCAUGGAUCGCGACCAGCGGCAGAAACUCAAGCAGCUGGAGAAGAACCUUUCAGAGGUGGGACCCGUCAGCAGCGUCAAUCGUUGGAGAUCCAUCACCCUCAGCAUGCUCAGCAAGCGCGGACAGUUCAAGAGCCAAUGCGACAACGACACCGAGGCAGUUGCGAUUGAGGUCUACAAUACGCUCAGCAAGUUCUUGCCGCCGCCAAAUGAGGUUCAAAAUACAAUUGUGGACAGCCUGCUGAGUGUGAUGCGCAAAGCCGUCGACUUGUCGGUGGAAAUGCGCUGCCAGAAGCAGGAGUACUUGAUGCUUCCACCGCUACAACCGGAGUAUGACACGAACGGCGAUUUGGCGCAAAAGGUCUACUUCAAGGCGGCCCUUAUGAAUGAGCGCUCAGGUGAGACGAGAGACAACGGAGAAUUGGAACGGGAUGGAGCAGUGGUCAGGAUGGUGCUAUUCCCAUUGGUCGUCAGCAAGGCGCUGAUCAAGGACGAAGAUGAUGGGGAAGAGCGGGAGGAGGAAGUCGUGGUCUGUCCUGCACAGGUUUUGGUGGCAAGGGAGGAUGCGAGGAGGAGCAAAAGUCGGCAGAGCGCCGGCACGGCGAGGAGCGCCUCGCAGAGAGUGAUGAGCAUGGAUGCAAAGAGUACUGGGAGUUUGAUGAGUGGCGUUGAGGCCGCACCUGCGACACAUACGGCUGCGACUGGUGCAGGCGGUGUGUUUUGA